UGCGCAUUUUCAUUCCAACUGCCGUGGGUAGCAGAACCACCAAAUAAAAAACCAAAAAAAAAAUACAGGAACAAAAUGAUGCAGCCGAGACUAGUGAUUUUGGGUCUGAUCGGAUUGACGGCGGUGGGCAUGUGCCACGCCCAGGGACGCAUCAUGGGAGGGGAGGACGCGGACGCCACAGCCACGACCUUCACCGCCUCCUUGCGGGUGGACAAUGCCCAUGUGUGCGGCGGUAGCAUUCUCUCCCAGACCAAAAUCCUGACCACCGCCCACUGUGUGCAUCGCGAUGGAAAGCUAAUCGAUGCCAGUCGCCUGGCGUGCCGCGUGGGCAGUACCAACCAGUAUGCUGGUGGCAAGAUUGUCAACGUGGAAUCGGUUGCAGUGCAUCCGGACUACUAUAAUCUGAACAACAACCUGGCCGUGAUCACGCUGAGCUCUGAGCUGACCUACACCGAUCGGAUCACUGCCAUCCCGCUGGUCGCCAGCGGAGAGGCACUGCCCGCCGAGGGAUCGGAGGUGAUCGUGGCCGGCUGGGGACGCACCAGCGACGGCACCAACUCCUACAAGAUCCGUCAGAUAUCGCUAAAGGUGGCCCCGGAGGCGACCUGCCUGGAUGCGUACAGCGAUCACGACGAGCAGAGCUUCUGCCUCGCCCACGAGCUGAAGGAGGGCACCUGCCACGGAGACGGAGGCGGUGGUGCCAUCUAUGGCAACACGUUGAUCGGGCUGACCAACUUUGUGGUGGGCGCCUGUGGCUCCCGCUAUCCGGAUGUCUUUGUCCGACUCUCCAGCUACGCGGAUUGGAUCCAGGAGCAGAUCGCCUAGAUCCGUUUCAUCCCGUUUUUCCUUCACAAGCUAACAAAAUAGAAACUAUUUUCCCAAACUCAAAGCGGGCAAAAUGACUCAAUAGUUUGAUUUUGAUAAGGAUAAGGAUCGGUGAUUGCCACUGGACUUGUGGUUAACGUAAUAAUCGCUAACUAAGCAUGCUUAUUUAUUGUAUUUAUGACCUCAAUGGCAUGGCUUUUAUAGCCCAGAACUCGAGUCAUCGAUAAAGCAUUCCGGUUUUAGGGUCAAUUUAGGCAAGCUUUACGUAAUUUGGGCCUACAAUUAGUUAUAUAAGGAAACUUGAAGACUUUUCAAAAUCCAAAACCAAACCUUUUUUUUAAAUGCCUUCUUUUGCUGUUCGAAACUGAAGAGAUCUGCACUUUAAGAUCUAAUAAUUAUAAUAAAUGUGCAAUAAUUAUGCAAUAGGAAACUUUCGGC